AUGUCCGAGUUCCCAGCGUCGCAGCUUAUUGCCUCGACAAUCCUACCUUCCCAACUCUCUCUUCCCGAUGUCUCGGCAUACACGAGCAAAGCAUUCGGCUCCAAGACGAACCCCCACCAGCGCGAGGCAGAAAUCGAAUCUUACCAAUGGUUUGAUAGUUAUGGUAUUCACACUGGCACAAAGCGCCAACGGUUCUUUGAAUCUGGCUUUGGUCUGAUGACCGCAAUGUGCUACCCCGACUGCAAUUUUGCACGUUUCCGUAUCACAAUGGAUUUGUUUGAUGAUAUGACAGACGGAGGUGCCCUCGAUACCGUCGAUGGGAUGAAGCGCGCUGUGGACGUCACGAUGAAAUCGCUCCGUGAACCCGAUUCUCCUCCGCCCAAGUUCAAAGUUGCCGCAACUGUUCAACAUUGCUACAACCGAAUGCGUCAAGAUGGAAAUCCCGCAAUGCUUCGUCGUUUUGUCGACGCGCUGGACUUCUACACCCAGGCAUGCUUCCAGCAAAAGGUUAAUAGGUCUACGGACACGAUCCCGACCAUGGAAGAAUACAUCCAGCUAAGGAGGGACACUUCCGCGAUGAAAAUAGGGUUCGCUAUACUCGAAUACACACUCGACCUCGACCUCCCGGACCAAGUCGCCGAUCACCCGCUUGUGACCGAGCUCGCUCUCGCAGGGAAUGACAUCCUAACCUGGGCAAACGAUAUCUAUUCUUUCCCUAUCGAGUUUGCUCGGGGAGACACUCACAACCUUCCUCGAUCUCGCAGGCGCAAUCGACUUUGUGAAUCAGCUCACAGGAAACGCCUUGAUGAAUAUGUGGAAAUCAAAGCUAAUUUGCCUUCUUUCGGGUCUGGGCUGGAUGAGCAGCUGGCUCGGUACCUCGAAGGGAUCGAGUACUGUGUCCAAGGGUUUAUUGAUUGGACGUUCUUAACUCCUCGUUAUUUUGGGGCAGAGGCUGCACAGGUCAAGGAGACGGGAGUUGUGAACAUCAUAGCCCCAAUCACGUUGGAUACGCCGGUGAUUAUUGAGGCUUGA